AUGUGUACAAUUGCCCUGGAAAAAUUGUGCCAGUAAGUUUUCAAAUCCAUGGGUUAUAUAGAUCUUGGGCCUAUCAUAAUAUUUCCAGAGAAGUAGAACGCCGGCAGAGCAAAUUCAUUGAGCGCCUCCGCGAGGCAGUGGCCAUUCCGAGUGUGUCGGCUGAUAAGUCGCAUCGCGAAGAUGUUUUUAAGAUGACUGAUUGGGCGGAGAAAGUGAGCGGGUGACCAAUUAAUUAAAAUUAUGAUUUAGCAUCUAACUGCUUUGGGAAUUAAAUGCAAGCAAGUUGAGAAUGGAACGCAAAAGUUGUUAGAUGGGUCCUCCAUUAGAUUACCUCCAGUUUUAUUCGGCACGUUGGGAGAAGACAAGAGCAAGAAAACUCUCCUUGUUUAUGGUCAUCUGGAUGUCCAACCAGCUGACAAGUCCGAUGGAUGGAACACCGAGCCAUUCGACCUCACCGAAAACAAUGGCAAGUUGUUUGGAAGAGGCUCCAGUGACGACAAAGGACCUGUGAUUGCCUGGAUCAACGCCAUCGAAGUCCUUCAGGCCCUCAAGAUCGAGAUUCCAGUUAAUAUAAAGGUGAGUAUAGUUUCCUUACUAUAUCGCUUUAGUUUGUAUUGGAAGGAAUGGAAGAAAGCGGAUCAGAAGGAUUGGAUGAGGUGUUGUUGAAACACAAAGACACCUUCUUGCAUGAUGUAGAUGCGACUUGUAUUUCGGACAACUAUUGGUUGGGAAAGAACAAACCGUGUCUUACAUAUGGACUGCGAGGCGUUUGUUAUUAUGCUGUGGAAGUUUCAUCCCCUAAGCAGGACCUUCAUUCGGGUAUCUAUGGUGGUACAAUGUAAGAUGAGCUUUGUUUUCCCAUAUUACUUGUUUAGUCACGAACCAAUGAACUCAUUGAUCCAUAUUUUGUCUCGGUUGAGUGAUGUGAACGGGAAGAUUAACAUCGAGGGCUUGGAUAAGCUGGUAGCUCCAGUAACUGAUGCCGAGCGAGAGUUAUACAAGUCGAUCGACUUCGACGUAAAGGAGUAUUCGAGUGAUAUUGGAUGCGAAAAAUUGAUCAGCGACUCUCCGGAGACUAUCCUGAUGAACAGAUGGAGGUUCCCUGCUCUGUCACUGCACGGAAUAGAGGGAGCAUUUCAUUCUCCUGGAGCUAAAACAGUGAUUCCUUCUAAAGUAAUUGGCAAGUUCAGUAUUCGGAUUGUCCCCAAUAUGGAGCCCGAUGCUGUUCACCAGCUGGUUAUCGCUCAUGUUGAGCGUGAAUGGGCAAAUUUGGGAUCCCACUGUAAUAUGAAGGUGAAGGCAAUACAAGGGGGGAAGCCGUGGGUCGCCGACUUCGACAAUGCUUUAUACAGGGCUGGGGCCAAAGCUUUGGAGCAAGGUGAGUAAUAUGCCUUCAAAACGGUAAUCCACAUAAGUUAUUUUAGUUUACGGAACUAAACCAGAUUACACUCGAGAAGGUGGAAGUAUCCCUGUGACCCUUACUUUCCAAGAGAUUACCAAGAAACCGGUUAUGUUACUCCCCAUUGGUGCUUGUGAUGACAUGGCUCAUUCCCAGAACGAAAAGAUUGAUAUCAAGAAUUAUAUUAAGGGUACCCAGGUUCUGGGCGCUUUCCUUAUGGAGCUGUCUCAACUCUAA